AUGUGGUGCCUUAAAGGAAUUUUAAUUUUAUGUUAUAUAUCUAUGAUAAUUGCUCAAUCAUUACCAUUAUUACUAUUGGUUUCUUUCGAUGGUUUUCGUCAUGAUUAUCCAAAACUUCAUGGACCUUUAAAAAACUUUCAUCGAUUACAAGAACGUGGUGUUCAUGCACAAAAAAUGAUACCAACUUUUGCAACAACAACGUUUCCUAAUCAUUAUACUAUGAUAACUGGUCUUUACGAAGAAGUUCAUGGUUUAAUAUCAAAUCAAAUGUUUGAUCCGAAAACGAAUGUUACAUUUGAUUCAUCAAAUAAUAUAACUAAUGUUAAUUGGUGGCCAUAUCCAUCAAUAUGGUCCAUUAAUGAACAACGAAAAGGAGCUCGAUCUGGUGUUGUUGGUUGGCCACAAAUGUCCGUUUACACAUCAAAAUAUCAAUCAUUUAGUCGAAAACAUGCAUUUCGAGAUAUGAUUGAUAAAAUGAUACUUUGGUUUAAUGAUCCCAUUGAACCAAUUAAUUUUGGUGCUAUGUAUUUUUUUGAACCUGAUUUAACUGGUCAUCGAACAGGACCUUAUUCAAAAAAUAUGACAAAAAUGGUUCGUGAAUGUGAUGAACAUUUAGGUUAUUUAUUAGAUAAAAUUGAUGCAAAUGAAAAAUUACGUGAGAAUCUUCAUUUAAUUGUUACAUCUGAUCAUGGCAUGGAACAAAUAAAUGGUACAGAUAAUCCAGUAUAUAUUGAAGAUUAUAUUGAUAGAACUAAAGUUAAAGCGUAUGGUGCCCCACCGGUGAUGAAUAUUUUUGUUCAAUCAGGUAAAGUUUAUUUUAAUUCGAUUAAAGAAAAAUUCAUUUUUGUUUUUGUUUCAGAAAAUGAUAUUGAUAUUGUUUUGAAAAAUUUAUCUAAAAUUCCACAUUCACAAAGUUAUAAAAGAAAAGAUAUACCCGAACGUUAUCAUUAUAAAAAUCAUGAACGUAUUGGUGAUAUAUUACUUAUAUUUGAAGCUGGUUAUGAAAUUCUUCGACGUCCAUCUUAUGGUGCAAAAAAAUAUAAUUCAAGUCUUAUACAUGGUAAUCAUGGAUAUGAUAAUCAACAUGAUUCAAUGAAAUCAAUAUUUUAUGCAAGUGGACCACAAUUAAAACGAAAUUUUACAUUAGAUAAUUCAUCUUUAUUGUAUAAUGUUGAUCUAUUUGGUUUGAUGUGUCUUAUAUUGAAUAUAGAGAAAUGUCCGCCAUCAAAUGGAUCAUUAGAAAAUAUUCAAUCAUUUUUUAUUGAUUCAAAUAGAAUAAAUGAUUUGAAUCGAAGAACACAAAACAAAACCAUCAUUUAUUCAAUAGUAGUAAUUGCUUUUGGCUUGAUUCUAAUCGUGGCUAUUAUAUGGUUGAUAAAUUCAUUUCGAAAUAGAUCAGCUACGAAAAAGAACUUACGUUCUAAUGCAACAAAAAAUACUAGACAUAGUGAAUAUGAAUAUAGUCCAAUUAAUAAUCUCACAUUAACUUCGGAAGUUGAAGAUCAACAAGUUUAA